UUCCGACCCUCCGUUCCCCCUUUCCCGCGGCAGUCCAUGCGGAGAGCCCCGGGCAGGCUGUUGCCCUCCGGGCAGGGUGUUGCCUUGGUGGGAAAUCUGCUGGCCAUGACAAGGAUUAGGGUUCAUGAUGCUCCUGAGGUGUUGCAGUCGUAGGUUGUGGUGCUUUCUCUCUCUUUAACCCAGUGUAACUGGGAAAACCCUGAAAAAAGUUCUUUUUGGUCAGAAUUUUAAAAAAAAGGCUGUUUAGAAGGUUGUAAAUAGUUUUUUUGUGGCCCAGGUUGGGUGAGAGGACUGAGAAAGAAGGCUGACAGGAGACUCAGUUGUGCUCUGGCACUUUGCCUUCUUUCAGCGUUACUGAAAGUGGACUUCUUUGUGGGAAAGAGGAGGAGUGGCAGCAGGAGGGAAUUGCCAUUUUGGAGUCUGCUAUUUUAAAUUUAAUUUUUAAUGGAAUAUGAGGUAUUUGACCACAGAGUUGGCAAGAAUGAGAGUCAGAAAUGGUAGUGAGAGAAGAGGGGACAAAUCUAGCUUUUCUGUCUUUCAACUUGAAAAUCUUUGAAAAAUAGUGCAGUAUUUGUAGCUCUAGUUGGAGAUCACUUAGAUUUUGAAAGUAGGUGUUGGAGAUCACCUGGAUUUUGAAAGUAGGUGUAUACACAAGAAAACGUUUUCUCUCCUCAGUGAUUAACUGUUUUGCCUAUAGUGUAUACCAGUUACCAGCAUGCCUUUCCUAAAAAAUCUGAAUUAUCUGGGGUAAUACUCACUUCCUGAGGCGAGAAGAGCCAAAAGUUGCUAAAAAAACCUGAUGAAUACCUUUGCCAAGUCUGCCUUUUUCCUAGCAUAAACCAAAUGCAAAGCAAACAUACAAGCUAAAGACUUGCAGUCUAUUUGCUGAAAAUACUAUGUUUACUGAGCAAAAUCCUGCUCUCCAAUUUUUUUCCACAUUAGAAAACCCACUUCUAGUCUUAUUAAAAGAGUUAAUUUUGGUUUUUUUAAUAAUCCUUCUCAGUUUUGCUUUGGAUUUUAACAUAAUUCAAAAGUUCUCCCUUUACACUAGUUCAUAAGCUCCUGAAACUGGAUAACACCUAUCAACAUAGAAUUCUGUCUUAGAAAAGGCAAAAAAAUGUAGUGCCACAGAAAUGUAUCCUACCCAGUAGUACAAGUAGAGUAACUUUCAGUGUUAGGUUUACUUCAUAGCUCCAGAGACACCACUUUUUGCAAUGUGCAGCAUUAUUAUACAUAGGAUAAUUUUGGUGCUGUUAGAGGAACUUAAUAAAACGAACAGAAACCUCCUCUUGGAAAACUGUGGUAGAGUAUCUCAGGAAGUUCACUGAUGAUUCUUUAGCUCACUGAUGAACUGUAGGUAUGCUUUAAAACGCUGGCUUCUCCAUAGGGCUGAAGAAAAUCUCAGAAUAUUUUCUGUGUUGUGCUUGAAGAGGGAUUCAAGUACUCAAAAAUUUGACAGCUUCUUACUUCCGCCUUCCUUCUGGUUUUAUAGAUAACUUUUCCUGCUAGUGUGUCCAGUUAUGAAAUACAGCAUUGUCACAAGGCAGCAAUGAGCAAAAAUUUUUAUGUGGGCAUGAGGAGUGCAGCAACUGCUCUCUUCCAGGGGAUUAUAGGUCACAGUUUAGCAUAAUGUGAAAAAAGUAGGUGUUUUACCUUGAAAUAGCCAACGUGUGCAAAUUACCUUGAGGAACAGCGGGCAUUCUACUGCAUGUUAAAUUGGCCAACAUUAGUUUAAAGAUUUCAUUAUUUUUUGUUUUGUGAUUCCUACUUUCAGUGUUAGUAACCUUAAGGUAAAACCGAUCUUUUUGUCCUUACUAAGAGUCACAGGCUUCUUGAGGUAGGAACUGGUCACUGAACUGGUCACUGCCAUAACAUCUUUACUCUCCUUAGUUGAAAUAUCUUACUGUUAGCUCUGUCUGAGGGGCCUCUAAGGACAGACAGGAUUGGAAAUAGUAAUAAAGCUUUGAACUGUUCUGCAGAAGGUUUACGUGAUACAGUAGUAGAAGAGAGUACUAGAAAGGCUAGUAAAACUGACUGCCUUUUCAAUUUACAAUCUACACAGAGUAGUAGUACAAUCUACAUGGCUAACAUGUGAGUGUUACUCAUUUUUUGAAACAGAAAUAUUUUAGAGUGUAAGAUUCCUAACAAUUGAAUAUAACAUCUCCAUGUAACCUGGAGGUUUGAAUUUAUUUUUGUAUUUUUUAGCUCUGAAAAAACAGUUGUCCACUUUUAGCUACUCUCAGUAUUUAACUUCCAUGUAGUGGUGGAUGUAGCAGUACUGGUCACUUGUGGAGUUUUGUCUAAAGCCAUCUUCCAAGUUGACAAAGGACUAUAAAUGCAUUUGGGUUUUUUUUUGCUGUAAAAAGGGAGUGUAUUUUCCCUUUUUUACUGUUUUCUUGAGCACCUCUGAGGGAAAAGCAUCUACUCCUACAGAGUGUUGUAGGAGUUGCAGACAACUGUGCCCAUAUGCAUAUGCAUAUGAUUUUAGAAUCAUAUUUAAGAGUCCCAUAAAGGCUUAUGAUAAGCCAACUACGUGGGUUAUGACCAGUUCUCAUUUUCACUAAGACCUGAGACUCAACACUACCUAAGAGAACAAAUACGAGUUCUUUGAUUCAUUUACAGGCAUAUCUACUUUCAAGAUUGUGCUGCUUUGUGUUAUGGAAAGCUGAGUAAAUGACUUCUGUGUCUGGCAGAUCUUUGCAGAUGACGCGCAGGCUGUCUUUGUGUUUAUGCAUGUUUGUGUUUAUACAAGCUGCUUACUGGUUUGAAAAUCACUUCUUCCUCUGAAUGAAUGUUCUGCAUAACUGAAUCUGAAUGGAACCAUGGUAAUUGUAGUAACUACAGGAUGUGUGUGCUUUGAAGCAUUCUGGAUAUGCCUUCAUAAAAUCUUAGGACUUCCCAGCAAAUCCAUCUUCAUGGCCCCGCUGGCUGGAGAGCUCCCCAGUGGCCGUCUGGUUGGAUCUGUUGUUGCACUCCUCCUGGCCCAAAGUGUGUGUGCCAGAGGUGGCAGUGGGGUUGCUCCUUCCCCAGCAGCACAUCAUGGUGCCCGAGCAGUGGCGCGGUGAGGCCGCAGAGGCUGUGCCGUGCCGAUGGCCAGAGGCUGGUGUCCUGGCUGCUGGAGCAGCGCUGCCCUGCUGGCUGUGCACCCUCACAACCACCCUCAUUUGUAGGACCAGCUGCUCCAGUCCAGCCUGUCUGCACAAAAUCUCCACACCAGCUCUGGUCUCCCUCCAAGCUGUGGUAUACUAUUGUAAAAGUGUUUUGUUUGGUGGGGCUUUUUUUCUUUGUUUUGGAGAUUUUGGGUGGUUUUUGUUUUGAAGACCUAGGUUUCUCAUGGAAUUUUGUGUUUGCUAGAAAUCUAGCUGAAAUUACCUUGGUUUUGUUUAGUCAUACCAUACGGUUUGUAGACGGUUUGUAGACAGCAAUAAAGAAAAUUUUGGCAGGCAAGAGGGAAGUGGGCAGCUAACUCAGCCUUUGUACUAACUUCCUCAACUACCAGCAACGGCUGUAACUUUCCCCUUUUAAUGGUGACUGCUUCAGAAACACAGAUUUUGACUUGAGGAGAAAGCAGAAAAAAAGGAAGCAGGUCAGGUAUGUAAAUUUGCAACUGAACUUCAGUUGACAGUGAAAUGAAGGCUGCCAUAUAAAGCGUUUCCUCCACAGGCUUGCAACCUUCCUCCACCUCUCCCACAGUGCAAAGUGCUGCCUCUGAUAAGGUAAUUCUCUAGUGUGCGCACUAAGGCUGUGCACAGCUGAAGCUUUAGUGAUGUUAAAAGCUUAACUGAAUGUAGUCUGAAACUAUAUUAAUGAGUGUUCUAGGAUCAGUAAGUCUGUUAGGUGUGUUAUUAGAUAAAAGGCAGCAAAUCUUAAUGCUGUAAAGAUCAGCUUUUGUGAAUGGGAUAUGAUCAGAUUUUAGGACUCUGAAAUUCUGAACAUAAGCAAAUAGUAACUUGUUGUUAAAAUUGGUCUGAGGAAGCAGCAUGCUAGUGAGAGAAAUUUACCAGGGAAAAAAUUCCUCAUAAAGAUAAGAGCCAUGUUAAUGUGUAAAUGUUUGCAGAUCUCUUGUUUUGGUAUAAUGAAAAUGCCAGGUCUGAUUAUUCUGAGCUCUGAACAAUAGAGGAAUUGCACCCAGCUGGGUAUACAAGGUCUUUCUGAAUGGAAUUCUUUAUCUUACACUCAACUAAGUUUUAUUCUAAAAUGGGAGCAGGAAAGACUUCUUAGCAAGCUUUAUUCUUGAAAAUUUUAGAAGGUGAAGACUGCCAUAGUCACUUCCAAUUAAGACUUUCUCCCUCCAUUUGAACAGUGACAGCUCUUCCCUGGUGGUAUUUAUAAGCUCAUAUGAAGGAUGUUGAAGAGACUGUCUUACAUAAAGAUCUUGAAAGGCUGCAGGGACUUCUUUGCCAGCGAGAACUAAAGCAUGGCUGCCAUCCAGGAAGUGAGUGGAUUUUUCAUUCUAUUUCCCUGAAAAACUUGCCAAAUUCCUGAGAAACAAGGGUUUUUUCUGAAGUUGUUGAAGCUUAUAUGAACAGAGAAGAGGAAAUUUUUUUUUAGCCCUGGAAAGCUACCUGGUAUUUGAAAUGCUGAAGAGGAAAUUACGGUUUUGCUACAACUCACGCUUCAGGCUUUUCUUGGGUCUAACUCUCAUUUUAGUGGUAAUUUCAGUUUUGAAAGUUAACCAGAAAGAAGACUUCCUAAAUCGGAGGCAUCUGGAGCUAACAAAAGAAGAUCCUAUUAGCAAUGUUAACUGCACCAAGAUAAUUGAGGGUGAUAUAGAAGAAAUACAAAAGGUACAGCUUGAGGCAUUAUCAGUGUCAUUUAAGAAACGCCCCAGACUAACAACAGAUGAUUAUAUUAACAUGACUGCAGACUGUGCCUCCUUCACCAAGACUAGGAAAUACAUUAUGGAACCUCUCAGUAAUGAGGAAGCAGAAUUUCCAAUUGCUUACUCAAUAGUGGUUUAUCACAAAAUUGAGAUGCUUGAUAGACUUCUAAGAUCAAUCUAUGCUCCACAGAAUUUUUACUGCAUUCAUGUAGACAAAAAGUCUCCAGAAUCCUUUUUUGCUGCUGUGAAGGGAAUAGUCUCGUGUUUUGAUAAUGUCUUUAUUUCCAGCCAGUUAGAGAGUGUGGUAUAUGCUUCAUGGAGCAGAGUGCAGGCCGACAUUAAUUGCAUGAAAGAUCUCCACAGAAGAAGUUCAAACUGGAAAUACCUAAUAAACCUAUGUGGUAUGGACUUUCCUAUAAAGACCAACAAGGAAAUAGUAGAGAAAUUAAAAGCUCUUAAGGGUGAAAACAGCUUGGAAACAGAAAAAAUGCCUGUUUAUAAAGAAGUAAGGUGGAAGAAACACCAUGAGAUUAUUGAUGGUAAAAUAAAGAACACCGGCAUAGACAAACAACUACCACCUCUCAGUACUCCAGUUUUUUCUGGCAGUGCCUAUUUUGUAGUUAGCAGGAGUUUUGUAGAAUAUGUACUAGAAAACAGCAAAAUACUUAAAUUCAUUGAGUGGGCGAAAGAUACUUACAGCCCAGAUGAGUACCUGUGGGCAACAAUUCAAAGAAUCCCUGAAGUCCCAGGCGCUUUUUCUUCCAGUGACAAGUACGACGUUUCUGACAUGAAUGCCCUGGCCAGGUUUGUCAAAUGGCAAUACUUUGAAGGUGAUGUGUCCAAAGGUGCACCCUACCCACCAUGCAGUGGAGUUCACAUUCGCUCUGUCUGUGUUUUUGGAGUAGGAGACUUGAACUGGAUGUUACGAAACCACCACUUAUUUGCUAAUAAGUUUGACACUGAUGUCGACCCUUUUGCAGUGAAAUGCUUGGAAGAGUAUUUGCGGCACAAAGCUCUGUAUCUGCAAAAGAACUGAAACGUCUGCUCCUCGUAGGAAACAUAGGUACACAUAUUCUACUGCGACGUACUUUACAGCAAUCGUGGUGGUGCUGAUAAUAAGUAUAAUAACUCUCACCAUGUUGGUGUGGUGCUGCUCAUGCCCUGCUUUGUCCAUGGACAAGGGGGAGAAAACAUGUCUUGAGUAUGCCUUGUGGCACACUAAAGUUUGGAGUUUAGGUACAAAAUCAGACAGCAGUUUUUGGAAAGUCAUCUAUUUGGAAUAUUUAUUAUCUAGAAGAUAUAAUUAAUGGACUUCCUUUGGCUAAACUCUUUUAAGGCAUAGAAAAUGCAUGUUGUUCAUGGUUAAUCUCAAUUUUUUUUCCCAUGAAUGUAAUGCUAGCUGGAAGAGAAAGAUGACGGGGUGGGGUACAAAGCAGCUGGACUGCACUUCAUACUGAAUACUAAAAGAUCUCAGGUAUAUAAUAUUAGAAAUUAUCUAAAAGCUAUGCAAAAGGGGAUAUGCAAAGCCAGCUGUUACCAUUUUACUUUGAUCUGUUUGCUGCAGUUCUGUUACAUGUAAUUCUUAAUCCUCCUGAAAAAUUUGUCUUCAGCAUGGAGUAUUAAAGAAUUCAAAUCUUUUGUAUUCUUAAAGCACCCUGAUAUUGUGAUAUAAAGUUUAUACACUAGUUUGUAAUUACUUCUUCUCAGGGAAACUUCAGUUUUGUGCCUGAUGAGAUUUAGACUUGUAAUUUUACAUUUCUUACUGUAUGGGGAGUUUUGCUUUUGUAUCCAAAAUUGCUGAAGUUUCUCAAAGAACUGCAGUAGUGGCUAAAUAUUACUGAUGGAACUGCUGGUUUCUGCUUUCUGUCAAGCUCAACUUGCAUUUCCAGAUUAUUUUAACACUAAGUAUGAAAAAAAUAAAAUUAUUUUUUUAAAUGAUAUUGUCUCUUCCUACAAUUGAAGUCCCCCCCUAAAAAUACCACAAAUAACUCCUAAUGAUGAAGGCCAAAUAUAUUUUUGGUAUGGUUUUCCAUACGUGA